AUGCACCUGCCUGGAAAUCAUACACAGCCUCGAUUGGAAAAGUACCAGCCAUUAGAUGGCCAUGACGGUGUAGAGAGAGAAGAUACAAAGAGUACAAAAAGUGAAGCAGUAAAGGCUCGUGUUAAGGAAUUAGAAGCCGAGCGAGAUGCACAAAGGGAAAAAAUAGCGAACCUUUCCAGGGAACUCCACAAGCAACGAAAAAUUACUGCCACUCAGCAGGAAAUACUUGAAAACUUGGUUAACGAAAAUAAGCGACAUUCUGGAUUAUUGAACUCUGUCCGUGAGUCUCUCAACGUCGCCAAUCACCAAGUCUUAACAACAAAGAACAUCCACAAGGAUGGGGUUACAAGCUUUAAGGAAAGUAUCAAGUUUCUUAAGAAUGGUCGAAUUGUAGUAAAAACUGUGGCUGACGAGCACACCAUUGAGCUCAACAAACUCAGAAAACGUUUGCAGAUCUUAGAAGAGCGUGACUUGGGCGCGGAAGAUGAUGUAUAA